AUGGAUUUCUUCUUCGGGUUACCUAAGGACGCACGCGAGAAUACGGGUAUUCUCGUAUUUGUUGACAGAUUCAGCAAAAUGGUACACCUUGUGGCUGUACCAGAGACAAUCACGGCGAGUGGCUGUGCUUGUGUCUUUAUUGACACCAUCUUCCGACUUCAUGGGUUGCCCCGUGAACUCGUAUCAGACAGAGAUCCACGAUUCACUGCUGAUUUCUGGCGUUCCGUGCUCAAAUCACUCGGAACGCGCUUGAAGAUGUCAACAUCUGAUCAUCCAGAGUCAGAUGGUCAGACGGAGCGUGCCAAUCGUGUCCUCGAAGAGAUACUUCGAGGAUACGUACACUCCUUUAAAAGUUGGAGUGAGUUUUUGCCAAUGGUAGAGUUUGCCAUCAACAACUCGGUGCAUGCGUCCACGACGCAUACACCGUUUUACGUGAAUGGAUUGCGCCAUCCGCGUGUACCCACCUUACUAGAGUGUAACUCUGGUUUAAGGGGGGGAGGGACUCGCGCGAGCAAACACCGAUUUGGUUCACGCUCAUCACGCUCUGACGAAGAAGUCAUUGCGUUUGAUGCCGAUAUCGAUAACAUCGAUAUCGAAGAAGAUGAUGCCAGUGAGAGUGCGGAAGCCCUCACUGAAGACAAUGAUCCCAGUGAGAGUGCGGAAGCCCUCACUGAAGAAAAGGUUGUUGUCGCUGCAGUGCGCUCACAGCACACUGAAGCUAACGAGUCAUCAGAUGAGUUCAUACUGGCUCGUGAAACGGUAGUCCGUUUUGUGCAAGACUCCAUCGCCGAAGCGGUGACUUAG